AUGAGACUACGUCAUAAGAGGCUUUUCCGGAAAAAUCUCAUUCAUUUAAGUUGGGUACGCAAAGAUUUUCAUGAAUGUUUUUCAGGUCAGCAUUUAUCCUUAUGCUUAGAUUUACAUUCCAAGCUUAGAAUUCAUUCUCAAAUGAUAAUAAAAAUGUCUACAUGGGACUUUGACUUUGAAGUUCAGUUUGAAAUGAAACAAGAAAGAGUUGUCAACGAAAUGUGUUCGUAG